AUGUCUACUAAAGCGCUUAUCAUCACGUGGAUCAGCAUGUGUGUGAUCCUGUUGUACAGCAAUUCAACGCUCUGGAUCGUCGUGGCUUCUUCAAUGGCUUUUGCGACGAUUCGGGUAGUGAUUGUCCCGCUUGCUUUAUCCAAGGUGAAGUCGUUUCCUGCCUUGUCGACGUUCAGCCAACUUUUGUGCAGCAAUACAGCAGUAUCAAUACUGCAUUCGGCACUAUCGUCGGCGCUUGCAAUUUUUGCACUGCUUACGUCACACUCACUACAUGGCGAUUACGUAAAUACUGUCACGAGAAGCGAAUUCGUCGCCACCUCUGUUUCAACGGGAUACUUUGCGUAUGACUUGUGGGAUUACGUGGUGAACGGUCUUUACAUCAAGUCUCCAGGCAUCGUUCUACACCACGUAGUGGUGCUCAGCUGCUACAUUUCUGCGCUCACCAGAAAGUCUUCAUUAUUACGAUGGGUCUGGCGCGCGCAGUGGACAUCUUUCGCCUUGGUUCGGUUCUUGCCUCACGUGAUCGUUGCCGUGCUGACAUAUCAAGCAAGACGUCUAUUUGAGCACCAGCUGUAUUUUGUCAUGGCGUUCAGUGGAAUCAUAUUCAUUAACGUGCUUAAUGCUCAGCUUCUCCUCCAUUCAAUAACUGUUAUAGAGCGAUUGAUUGCAUCACGAAGAAGCAAACGCACUUAA